AACGCAAACAAGCCAAAACUUGAAACGCACACUCUUUACAUCUCUCUCUCUCCAAAGCAAACAGAAACAGCGACAAUCACAUGACUCGUGCCUUGAGAUAUUUAGGCGAGCGAAACUCGGCCACGGACUCCGCCGUCGUCGAUUCCGACUUCGUCGUCAUCUUCGCCGCCCUCCUCUGCGCUCUCAUCUGCAUCCUCGGCCUCGUCGCCGUCACCCGCUGCGGCUGUCUCCGCCGCCUCCGCCUCUCCUCCUCCAACGCUACUCCCCAGCCUCCUCCCGCCUCCGCCAACAAAGGCGUCAAGAAGAAGGUCCUCCGCUCCCUCCCCAAGGUCACCGCCUCCGCCGAAUCCGCUGUCAAGUUCGCCGACUGCGCGAUCUGCCUCACCGAGUUCGCAGCCGGAGACGAAAUCCGAGUGCUUCCUCAGUGCGGACAUGGCUUCCACGUCAGCUGCAUCGACGCCUGGCUCAGAUCGCAUUCCUCCUGUCCAUCCUGCCGUCAGAUUCUGGUGGUUUCUCGCUGCGACAAGUGCGGCGGGAUCCCGGCUCCGGCGAGUUCCAGCUCGGCGCCACCGCUGGCGGACUCGGGGGACAGAUUGAAGGGAAGGGAGGAGGACGCGAAUAGAUUCUUGCCUUAGCUACUGCUUUCGGUUUAUAUCAACUCAAAAUUCAUGAAUCCUUCUAAAAAAGAAAAACAUUGUCUAUAUAGUGUGGAAAUAGCAGGUGGUGUGUAAUUUGAUUUUUUAUAAUUCUGAUAUGGUUAGGGCUGUAUGUAUUAUUGCAUUUGUGGGCAUCAGUUGGAUCAGCUGAAUUCGCCAUGUCUCAUUUGUGGAAACUACUUCAUUUUUUUUUAAUCAUAUAUUUUUCUGUAUAAAGAAAUUAAUUUGUUUUAACUA